UGUUCUUAUAAUUUAUUCCAAACACAACCUCCUAGCUUUAUAUUUUUUGUCUUUUUUAUAUUUAAAAAAUCACUUUAUACACUUUUAUUUCCUCAGUGAAAUCUGCUUCCUGCAUUCAUUCAUUAGCUCGCGCUUCUAGCUUGCUGUCUCCAUAGUAACACCAGAUGUCUAGUGGCAGGCUUUCGGGUUGUGUUCCAAAUCCCUCACUAGUUUCUAUAUAAGCGCCCUACAUUAAGGUGAACCACAGUGAUUUACACGCACUAUGAAGUGCGCGACAUGUACUUUAGGUUGCCAUUUGGGAUUUGGCCGUGAAUUCUAGUAACGCGUCCCUGUCUUGUUCACGGUUUGAGUCGGGAAUAUUUUUGCUCUCCAAUGGCCACUAAAGGAACAUUCUCGAAAAAGGGAUGAGUUUUUUUGAAACAGUGGAAAGAUCACAUGUCUAUAUUUGCACGGGAACCUCUUGAAGAGGAGCGCAUCACACCUCCUGUAGAGCGAUGUCACAGUUUUUUUCCUCGGAGGACGAGGCCGAGCUCCAGUCCCUGCUCAGACAGCUUCUAAAGCGCGUGCGCGAACGAAUCACCAACGCGCCAUCGGUGGAAUGCGCCGAGGAGAUCCUGCUUCACCUGGAGGAGACUGACAAGAACUUCCACAAUUAUGAGUUCGUUAAGUAUCUGCGUCAGUAUGUGGAGAGCAGCCUGGGGGCCGUUAUCGAGGAGGAAACCGAGAGCUGUUCCAGGGGAGACGGACAUGGCGUCGGGUCCGGGCAGGACACACUCGUCCACGCUGUGACUAGACGAACCAGAGAAUCUGCACAAUAUAAGCAGAUGAUGCAGACCUUAAAGCAGACCAUGACGGUAAUUGUGGAGUCGCUGCUGAACAAAUUUGAGGAGGAUCAGCUCAAGAAGGAGGAGACGUGCGGCACAAACCAGCGCGAACAGUCAAGCAGCCACUACACGGACAACUGCUCCGACAGCGACUCCUCUUUUAAUCAGAGCUAUGGCUUCAUCAAACAGGAGCAGCUCCAGGUCAUUUCUGAGAAGCUCGACCCAAGCAGGCCAAGAGAGGUCCGCUGGGAAGCCUUGCAGCUGCUCUGCUGUGCUCCUCCUUCUGAUGUGCUGAGCUGUGAGAGCUGGACAGGUCUCCGCCGAAACCUCUCAGCUGCCCUCGCUGACCCAGAUCCCGACCUCAGUGAUAAAGUGUUGCGCUUCUUCGCGAAAACGUUUUCUACCUCUCCUCUGAAUGUGACAAGGGAAAUCUACACCAGCUUGGUGAAAAGUCUGGAGAGCGACUUCCUGUAUCACAAGCUGAGCUUCCCCUCUGAGUCAGCACUCGUGGAUGUUAACAGGCCGGAUAUCACUCGGCUCCUCAAGCAAAUGCGCUUAAUGAAUGACUUUCAGAAAGAAGUGACCACAUUUUGGAUCCGGCAUCCUGAGAAGUACAUGGAGGAGAUUAUAGAGAGCACACUUGCUCUUCUAUCUCUACAUCCCGAACACGGCGCGUCUGCUCACGGCUCAGAGAAAGUUCUAGAGCCAGUCCACUUCCUGUCUCUGUUGGAUAUCAAAGCCAGUUGGUUCAAGAGGUGGAUGCAUGGCUACUACAGCAGGACGGUGGUCUUGAAGCUUCUUGAGCGGAAAUACAAGCCAGUGAUUGUUACAGCUCUUCAGCAGUGCAUUUGUUACUUGGAGUCCUGUGAUGCCGUCAGAGAGGGAACUUUGGAGAUCACUCAUGCUAUGGAGCAUCAACAGAUUGGCUCUGCUCAGAGAAGCUGUUACAGCGCUAAGGAACUGGAGUACGCUCACUUCGUUCACUCGCUCUGUGUGCUCGGGAGGCUUCUGAUGUACACCAAUGGGAGAAAACUUUUCCCCAUUAAAGUGAGGAAGAGAAGAGAUCCGGUGACUCUGAGUGACUUGGUGGUGAUACUGAUUAACAUCAUGUAUCUGCACCCAAACACACACCACUCCGAUUUGAAUCAUGCAGACUCGCUCUCCCCCACUACUCUGGUGAUGGAGGUCCUGAGGACCCUGUGUGAACGCACUGAUUGCGCUGUGGAGUGUAUCUACCAGAUCCCCGUCGUCGAGACCCUGCUGGUCCCCAUCCUCGCUCUGCUCAAAGGAAAACAGGCCAAAUUAAACUCUCCAGAAAGCAGCCUGACCCACAUAGCAGACACACUUGCAAGAAUUGCCACCACUGAACGCGGCUUAGCGCUUUUCCUGUAUGAGAGGAAGAUUGUCUCUGCUGAGGGUGAAGGUAUUUCAGCAGCGCAUGUGAUUGUGCAGUUCACUCAGGCACUGCUGGCUAAAGAGCUGCGUGCGUGUGAGGAGCUGCAGAACUCAGCCGCUGUGAAGGGGGCCUUCAUUUUCGUGUGCCGUCAGAUGUACAACACGUGUGAGGGGCUGCAGGUGCUCAGACCCUACAGCCUGCAUGAAUGCAUAGCCCAGGCAUGGAGAAAGGUGAGUUCGCUUUCAGAACGAAUUCCCACUCCUGUUCCUGGAGCUCUCGCACCGUCCUCCUCCCAGGACCUUCAAAGCAUAAUGGCUUGGGAGGAGAUGCUCUUAGACAACCUGCUGAACUUUGCAGCCACUCCCAAAGGCCUAAUGCUUCUUCAACAAACCGGAGCCACUCAGGAGUGUGUUGCCUACAUGUUCACCAGGUUCACCAAAAAGCUCCAGGUGAGCAGGUGUGAGAAGUUUGGCUAUGGGGUGAUGGUGACCCAGGUUGCAGCUACAGCCCCAGGCAUUGUCGCUCUGCGCAGCUCUGGUUUUAUCCAGGCCAUAGUGGUGGAGUUGUGGUCAGCACUCGAGUGUGGCAGAGAGGACGUGAGAGUCGUCCAUCCCAAAUCCAUCCCAGUGGAGCCUAUCGAUAGGAGCUGCCUCAAAUCCUUCCUAACACUCGUGAACCUGUUGUCCUCCCCACAUGCUGUGUUGGAGCUGUUGGGACAUCAAGUCUUGCCCAACAAGACAGAGUACAGCCUGAGAGAAAUGCCCACCUCCAUUACUGAUGUGAUGGACCGCCUCGUCGUUAUUAACUCUGAUGCCAAAAUCCACUCCCUGUUCAACUACGAGCAGUCACACACGUUUGGCCUUAGACUCCUGAGUGCAAUGUGCUGUAACCUGGACUCCCUUCUGCUCCUGGAGUCUCAGUAUAAACUCUCAGACGUUCUGCUUCAGAGUCAGAAGGACAACAUCAUCGAGUCCUCAACUGGCCAAGAUGAGUUUAUCAUUGAUGGCCUGUCUGUGGAGAGAAACCACCUCCUGGUUCGGAUGAAUGUGAUCGGUGGCCCCUCUGAAAGGAGACUUCCUCCCAGAGCACUGCAGAAGGGGAGUGAUCCAUACCCAUGGCCGAUAUUCUCGUCCUACCCUGUGCCCACAUGUUACACCCUCGAAAUGCCAAAGAGCUCCUGGACUAAACAAGACUCUGAGGUCAGCGCUUUCCUGACUUCCUCUAAAGAUGGCGAGAGAGAUGAAAACUGGAUGGACAACUGCAGGAGACACUUAUGCAAAGCCAUUAUCUCCAAAUCCAGCGUUCUAACAGGAAGUGUGUUAGCCGAUCUUCUGGAGAGGGCAGUGCUGCACCUCUCCUCCUCCCCACCUCACUGCUUCUUCCCACCUGCAGAAUACAAAGUUGUGGAUCACGACAUAAAGGCUCGCAAUCUGACACCCGUGGAACAGCUGGGCAUCGGCGUGGCUCUCAGGUAUGGCUUACUGCUGAAGUUAGUGAGAGAGGAUUCAGAGCAGGAUCUCUGUCUUCUCAUCAAACACUGUCAGGAGUUUCUGUCUCAGCAGCGCAUCACAAUCCAGUCUGAUCUCUGUUAUCUGCAGGGCAGUUACCCUGGUCACGACUGGCUCUCCUCCACCAUUUUUCUUCUGAUGGGUGGCGACGUGGGCCGCUCUCUCAACCUGCUACUGCGUUUCUCACGGCUGCUGACUUCAGCCUUCCUCUGGCCGCCUCGAAUCUACAGAUCUGAGCACAUGCCAGCAGAGAUGGCUCAGUCGGGUGUUCCCCCUCUCUACUCCUGCACCGCUCACUACGUGGAGAUGUUGCUCAAAGCCGAAGUGCCUCUGGUCUUCUCUGCAUUCAGGAUGUCCGGCUUCACUCCCUCACAGAUGUGUAUGCAGUGGCUGACUCAGUGUUUCUGGAACUACUUGGACUGGCCUGAGAUCUGCCACUACGUGACCACGUGCAUCAUCAUGGGCGUCGAUUACCAAGUAUAUAUGUGCAUCGCCGUGCUGAAGCACUUACAGCAGGAAAUCCUGCAGCAUACCCAGACCCAGGACUUGCAGCUCUUCCUCAAGGAGGAUCCCAUCGAGGGCUUCAGAGUGGGCGAUUACCUGGAGUACAUGGAGAGCCUAGAGCGCAGAUACAGGUCCAUGGUGCUCAUAGACAUGAGGAACAGCUUGCUAAAGAGCACAUAGUAUUAAAAGAACCUUGAUCAAUUUGAAAUGUCCGAUGAGAGGAAUUAAUACUACACUCCAGAGACGGUCAGUUCGUGGACUAAGCAGAAUUGGUGAUGACUUUGGGUAGGCAACCGGAUGCAAUCUGUAGGGUAAAUAACAAUAGAGUUGACUGUAGUUUAGUUUUUGAGUUUUGAAGCUUUGUUUUAGGGUUUUUUUCUUUCCUGAAUGCUUACAGGCCUAUGUUAUUUUCAAGAAAUGCUCAUUUUCACAGAUGUAAAUUUUUAAAUGCACCAUGGCAAUGCAAAGUGUUUUUUUUUUUUCUUUUCAUAUGUCUGUAUGUGUGUGGUUUUGUGUGCAGUUUGGAAUUUUGUAACAUGGUCUGUACAGGUACUGGACUCUCUUAUAAUUAUAAUAUUUAAAUAGCAAAGAAAUAUAUUUCCUCUUUUUCAUCUCAGUGAUAUCCAUCACUCUCUAGUGGAUACAGUCACCUAAAGCACAUCUAACGACGCUUUUAUGAACCAGGCACUCUGCACUCACCGUAUCUAACAAGAGGGCUGGGCUUGUAUGGUGCACUGCAGGUGAUAUAGUCAAAGCUGUGCAUCUCCUCUUGGGUGCUAAAUCCAACCUAGUUUGCUACUUUGGGGUUUCUUUCAUGUAGUUGAGCUCAUGUAUUGAAUUUCAAAUAAUAAUUUCCUGAGCGUAAAGCCAAAUUUACACCAAAAGCAGCUCAGCCCUGUGUGUCAGAGCAUGGAGCACUCAUUUCUGUGCUGUCCGGCACUGGUUAAUAUCUGUAGAUAUUAUAAACAUGCAUUACUGCUAUAUAUGAUCAUGGAUGAUUAUGUAUGAUAAGUUCAUUAACAAAAUGAGAUUUUCACUUCUAUGCUCUAUGGAACUUUCAUUAAUUCUUUAGUUCUUAAUUUAAUUUUAUUUAAUAGAAAUCACUAUACCUUCCUCUAUUAUAGAUUAAUCAUAUCAUAUCAUAUCAUAUCAUAUGCUGCACUUCUCUAAAAGAUUUACAGUUUGAUCGCACACAGAGUACUAAAUAGAUGUACCCAAAAUGAAGGAGACAAAAAAAUGCCAUUUAUAGCAACGAGACAUUUGAUGUUUGGUUUGACAUGUUUCUUCAUUAUCUCUAGUAACAAAAAGAGACAUUGUUAAAAACAAAUUAUAUCAGUAUAUAUUUCCCUCUCUGAA